GGUCAAGAAGGGAGAGAGAGGAGUGUGAGCCUAUCUUUACUCUCUCUGUCUCUGCUACUAGUCUAUUAAUUUUCUCCCACUCUCUGCUCCUCCGGGACAACCCGCUGAGGAAAACGAAAGCCUCACUCUCAGUCUCACGGACUCCUCAGCCCUCACGCAGCUCACGGUGCUUCUCAGUUCUCACUCCAGCUCUCGGUCCACCAUCUCGCCCUUAAGAAAAGAAGGGGGAAUGAACAGUCUCUAACCUAAUCUUCAACACCGAAGUGGCUACAGACUACACAGAUUCAAACAAUGUUACUUCGAAACCGCCUCCUAAGUCUCCAGUUCACGUCUCUCUUAUCCUCUUCAUCUUCUUCGUAUCCUAAAAAAAGUCAACCUUUCACUCUCUCUUUCCAAAAUACACUCUCGAGCUCAGCUCGUCCGCACACGAGUGAGCAUGCUUCAGCUUCAAAGGCCCCCACGAGCUCUUCAUUUUCGGAGGCUGCCAAGUUCCUCCGUACGUUUAUGUUCGUACCGCCUGGAGUCGACCCAGAGGAGGUCACGGAGGACAUGGUCCUAGCAGGUUCUAAUAUCGUUAUUGGACCCUACGCUGGUGAUUCAAAGAUUAAGGAGGUGGAGUUCGUGAAAAGCAGUGGUAAAGCCAAGGAUUGCCCCAAAGAUAACAGACCCGAAUUUGCAAUUCUUGGUCGAUCCAAUGUUGGCAAGUCCUCACUUAUAAAUGCCCUUGUUCGCAAAAAGGAAGUUGCUCUUACUUCUAAAAAACCAGGGAAAACUCAGCUUAUCAAUCAUUUUUUGGUCAACAAAAGCUGGUACAUUGUGGAUUUACCUGGUUAUGGAUUUGCCAAGGUUUCAGAAUCAGCUCGAACGGAUUGGUCAUCAUUCACCAAAGGGUAUUUUCUUAACAGAGAUAAUCUGGUUGCUGUUCUACUUCUCGUUGAUGCAAGUGUUCCACCUCAAAAGAUUGACUUGGAUUGUGCGAAUUGGCUUGGACGCAAUAAGAUACCGUUAACUUUUGUUUUUACCAAGUGUGACAAAAUGAAGGUAGGAAAAGGGAAAAGGCCAGAUGAAAACAUCCGGAAUUUUCAGCAGUUGAUUGCGGAGAACUUUCCGAAGCAUCCUCCAUGGAUCAUGACCAGCAGUGUCACUGGCUUGGGCAGAGAUGAGCUCCUCCUGCACAUGUCACAGCUAAGAAACUACUGGGAUCAGUGAAGCUUAAGUCGAAUAACUUGAUGCUAAAACCCUGCGUAGAAAACUAGUGACUUGAACACAAUUAUUUUCAUGUUUUCGAUCGAUUUUUCUCAGAAAAUGCAUUAUUAACGUUUUCGUCGUUGUAAUUUAGCCCUAGAGCAGAAUGUAAAGAUCUUCUCUUGUAUAUACAUAUAGAUGAUUACCGUUUUUCAGGUUA